GACACUCUUCACCUCCUCCCUCAAGCGAGUGUUCGAGUCCAGGAAGCCGUGUUCACCCAGGUUCCUUUUCUAUGUCCACUAUGCUCGUUAUGUUCGACGCUAUUGUCCUCGUGUUCUCCUACUUGUUAUCGUCUGCUCACGCUAUCCCGGUGUUGGUCACUCGCGAUGUUGUGAACCCACCUGUCACUAGCCCAGACGCGUCUACAGUGUGGCAUGUCGGUGAGACACAGACUGUAACUUGGGAUACUUCCAGUUUGCCUCCUCCUGCAAACAUCACGAACACGAGGGGAAAGGUCAUCCUGGGUUUCCUCACCAGCGACAGCGAGAACCUUAUGAUCGAUACUCCCUUGGCUCAGAACUUCUCCAUCUUGGACGGCUUGGUUCAGGUCACGGUUCCCGAUGUACCUCCUAGGACCAACUACAUCAUUGCUCUCAUGGGUGACUCUGGAAAUAUCAGUCCCGAGUUCACGAUUGAAGGUGGAUCAGGCUCGGCUUCAUCUUCUGCCGCACCUUCCUCGUCGUCCACAGUUGUACCUACUUCAGCUCCUGCGACUACUUUCGACUCGUCGCCUACCCCAGGGCCCAGCUCUACCCCUGAUAACAGUUUCACCAUCUUGACCACCGACCCUGUGUCGCCCACCGUAGGUCCCAGCAGUGCUUCUCAUCAAAGCGCACCGGCACCAACGCCAUCAUCAAGUGCGCGUCCAACUAGCACCGUUACUGUUCCUGCCACGUCGCCCGCUUCAACGCUAGACCCAUCUACAAGUGGUGUCGGCGCACUUUCGAGCACAAAUGCUGCUUGGUCUUCGAAGGAGUUCAAGUCAUCCUCAUUUGCGAUCACCGCAUUCCUCGCGUUCGCUUUGCUUUGAGUCUAGGCUCUGAACUCAAGCUUCGACGAACCCAUUGCUCAGUACCCUAACGCAUACAUGCGCUCAGCGCUAUGAUUGAUUCCCGUUCACGCUUUUUUGGGUUCGUCCAUGGAUUUUGUGGGUUUGACACAUGACAUUUGGAAUCAAAUGCCCUCACGACACACAUCACCUCUCCUCAUCUUACCGCUUCCUUGUUGAGGUACCAUCUUAGUUAUACCUUUCCAUUGGACCAGGGUUAUUCUUGUUUCGAUGUUUUGCGGAUGACAUGUACCAUCAUGAUCUAGUAUGAACUUUAGUAGGACAUUUUUGUUCUCGUUAAUGAUCUGCACGUUGCUCUUUUUGCUUUGAAUGUUUCACCUUCUUGGUUAUAAUGUUGCUUCAGAGGUCUCUGUUGCAUCCUUUUGCUUUUCAUGUAGGUAGUUAGCUCUUAGUGGAUGUGGGACGGAACGUUAGUCAGGAUAGGAUGCGGAUAUUCAAUAAUGAUCAUCUAUAAACAUUCUAUGUUCG